UAAAACCAAAUGGCGCAUAAUUUAUCUGAAGAAUUUGUGGAAGCGUGGAAUACUGAAUUAAAAAAUAACGGUACUGGAAAUAUCAGUAUUUUAUUAUUGCUUUCGGUAUGUGGUAUUAUUGGUAAUGCAAUAGUCCUUGUCGUUUACAAAUGCCAAAUGAAAGAUGUUUCUGAUGAAAGAUACUUCAUUCCUGUUUUGGCCUUAGCAGACAUGAUUGCGUGUGUGGUAUGUUUUGUUGCAGAUAUUGUUUUUAUUAUGAUAAACAUGAAAUAUACAGGUAGCAUCUUUUGUGAAGUUGUGCAAUUUCUUAUAUGCAAUACACAAUCUAUGUCAAUUUUUCUGUUGAUGUGUAUUGCCGUACAAAGGUAUUUUAAAAUUUGCAAAAAAAUCAAACUGUCAUUACAACUGAGACGCAUGAUGAUUAUUUUGUCGAUCAUAUUUUCCACGGCGAUUGCUUUACCACUAUCAUGGACGUCUGGUCCCAUCGUGUUAACUAGUGAAGGCUAUAUUAUUGUGGAAGUAUGUGGUAGAGUCAAGAAUGAUUUUAACCUUAACGCAGCAGCAUAUGGCAUUGCUUUCAGCGCGAUUUUAUUAUUAGUUCUCGUAGCGUUUGUAUUUCUGUAUGGGCGAAUUGGCUGUACUAUAUACAGUAGUUUAAGACCAAAUAGAUUUAAAAGAGCAUUUGCCCGUCUUUCAAGAAGUCUGCAUAUUGACAAAAUUAAGAAAUAUCCAACGAGACAGUCUCAAAAAGAAGAUGGUGUUGGAAAUAAUGAAGAACUUGAACCAACAUUGAAUCAAACCAAAUCGAAUCACCCUAUAAAUCGUAAACUUCAAAAAUCUGUUAAUGACAAAACAAGCAUUACUGACUUUAGUACUGAAGAUAAAGUAUUUCAGAGGCUAAGAAAUGAUUUCACCGAAAGAUACCACGAGUCUCAUGUAUCAUUUAACCACGGAAAGGGAGUGACAAUGCGAGAAGGGCGAGAAAUGAGAAAUAAAAGGGUGAAAAACAAAUUCUCUGUAAUGUUCAUGAUCAUCACAUCCGUGUUUAUUGUCAGCUAUGUACCAGCUUCUAUCGUUCUGACACUAGAAGGAAUUUUCACUGGAUUUUGGGAAAAUUUAUCAUUGAAGCAACUUAUUAUUAUAUUAUGGGUAUCUCGUACCUAUUUGAUAAACAAUUUUAUCAACCCUUUGAUAUAUGCUUUCAUGGAUGCUCCAUUUCGAAAUGCAGCUAAAACUUUAUUUCGAACAUGUUUAAAAGUAUGUUAAAACCUCGCACUCUUACUGAAUUAAAUUGUAUUGUAUAUAAUGAACUAUCUGUAGUUUAAGUUUCUUGCAGAUAAAGGGAACAACAUUAACAUUCAUCAACAAAUUCUACAUAGAGUUAAUUUUGUGUAUUUAUAUUGCUGGACAUUGUAAAUUACUAGUACCCCCUCCCUUAAAAAAAAUAAAUUGAAAAAUUAAAAGCAUGUGAAAAUACGCCUUUCAACAUUGUAAAUAUGUAAAUAUAUUUUUUAUUUGAGAGGCCAACUUGCAAUUAUAAAUAUAGACUUAGUUGAAAUACAUGUUUUGACACCCUAGAGAUAUUUGUUAUGUAACUUCAACGAUACAAAUGUCAGAAUUGAGUUGUUGGAUCUAGUUGUCGGAGUUUCUGGGUAAUGUGGACUGUAGUAUAACU